AUGGAGGCUACUUCACCCACGUCACUCUCCCCUCCGCGGGCCUACCACUAUCCGUACUCUCGUACACGCGCUUCGUCACGGUCUAGCCCAUUUAUCGCAUCUGAUGGUCGAAUGGCGGCUUCAAACUUGGAUCGGCGUCCAUCAAACCUCACACCCUCGCCACAACCAAAUUUGCAACAGCAAGAGCAGCUAGAGCCCGCUUCAUACCUCACCCACCGAUUUCAGAGUUCUAUCAGCUCCCGGCCCGCUCCUUAUCCGUUCAAUACCGGAUCUCCACGGCUACGGCCUCCUCGUGAGCUGAGUGAAGAACCCAAGCUCUUUGCCACUUCUUCAUACCUCCAGGAGAGGUUGUUGCGAGAGAGAAAGGUGGAGAGUGAACGGUCUGCCAGCAGGAUGAGUGGCGAUAGAACUUCUUCUAUUGACCUUGGGUCCUCCCAAGGUUCUCCGGCGCGUUCUCGGUCUAUUACAGGCAACGGAGAGUCUGUCAAGAAGAAAGGAGGUGUCGGCCUGAAGGAGAUGGAACAGACUCUAACCACCCUCCACAAACAAAACUUUGAUCUCAAGCUCGAACUCUUCCACCGGAGGGAAAAACAAAGCAGGCUGGAGGAAAAGUGCGAGAGCCUCGACCGCGAGAAGCGAGAAGCAGAGGAGAUGAACGACAAGCUUCUCACCGAAGUGGAAAUGAGGGACAAGGCCGUAGAGGAGGCUGUUGGCAUGAUUAUCGCCCUUGAAGCUCGGCUUGAGCAGCUCUUGCGCGAGCGGGAGAUGGUCCACCAGGUCGAAAAGCACAAUUUAUUUGUGUCCAAUCCAAGUGUUCGGCGUGCAUUGUCUUCUGCUUCUCGCUAUGUUGCAGCAGACUUAUCAGCGCCUUCAGACCAUCCCUCGAGACCGAAACACAAGCCUGACGAAGGACGCACUCUAAAUAGGAUGCCAAGCUUUUUGUCUGAGCGGAGCGAAUACACGGAAAACCUGCGCAACGUGUAUCUGGGCAGUCUGAUCAGCCUACCGCGCAUGUCAGAGGACAACACGGAAGGUGACUUUUUGGAUGUUGCUGAUCGCGUUGGAAGUCCUAGUCUCAGUGUAUUGAGCGAGAGCUCCUUCCUCAGCAUCUACGGCAAGGAAAAUGAGCCCCGGAUGUCUUCCUUCGCAGCAUCUAUGCAACAAUCAAUGUCCAGUGUCCCUGCCGAUAUUCCGAGAAAUUCUUCGACGCCGUCUCACCAUGCGUCUACCCCCGUCGCUGCAACACAUACACCACUGGCCACAAUGCCGUAUCCAGACGCUGUAUCGGAGACAACACUAAGAAAGCAGCGGUCGAGCUCGAGGGCGCGAACAUCUAAUGGCGCAGCGGGGCUGAGCUCGCAAACGGAUUACAUUGGUACGAACUCUCCUCUGCAGCGCCUUGAGAAGAUGGAAUUGUCGCUACAGGCUAUGGAUGACGCGUCCCAGCCCAGUAGCGAUGAGGGUCUUGAACAGAAACCCGAGUCUCUUACGCAUCAGCUCCGUGCGCGAGACUUCGGCAAGUCAACAUCUGGGGGAAAGCGAGAUCAUCUUCGCAGGCAAAUAGCGGCACCACAGCCGUCAUCGACUUCGGCUUUCAAUAGCCGACGCUUCGAAACUUGUGUGCACAAUGGCUACUUUGACGACCGCCUUCAAGUUCCGCCCCGUCCUCGGUCCACUGAUGAAAGCACGCUGUCGCAUUACGGUCGAGGGAGCGUCUGGGGAGACUCGGAAAGCUCAGACGACGACAUGGAUAUCGAUGGCAACGACUCUGCGUCGAUGCAGGACUGUUGGCUCCGCGAGAGUCUGCGGCCUGCAGGCCUGGCUCCUCGCACGCGGAGAGGUGGGAAGGUGUCACCGGAUCUCUUUCACUUCCCAUCGACGGUGAACGGCUGGUCGACAAACGAGAUGUUUGGAAAGAGUGGACAGGGUUACCCGGGGCCUGCUGCAGAUGGCGCUGCGCCUAGUUCAAACACCCUCGAUAAGCUGGGCGACUCUCUACCGGCGCCAGUGAGCGGGCUAUUUGGUGCCGGGGGCUUGCUUGCUUCACCGCUGCCAUAUGACGUGGGCUCCAUCCCCGGCGGACCGCCACCGCCGCCAAAUCGGCGUUCGAGUCUGCAUGCACAGACAGGCUCGUUGCGGGAUAUUAACUCAAGAUGUGCAUCUCAAGCAGGAUCCACAGGCCCUGGCACUCCGAGCACAAGCGUAUCAAAUACGAGGACACGACGGUCUCCGGUGCGAGUCUCCAUUGCGGGAGGUGCAAGCGCGAGCCUGUGCGCUGCUACUGAAGACAGUGCCCCAGAAAAGAAGGCACAAUCUCUAGCUGUCGGGCAGCUGGGGGAGCAGAUGGUGUUGGCGAAAAUGCGGCACUACCCUCCCACAUCAGGGUUGACGCCGCGGAACCGGGUUCUCAGCCUGUUUCGCCGAUCCGGGUCGCAUGAGCUGACACCAGCAUUGGCACCAGCAUCGGCACCAGCAACGGCGACAACAUUUUCGUUGGCACCGGGGAUAGGUGUGCCAUCGAGGAUGCGAAAGGGGGAGAUUGACGGCGAAGGCGGCCGGAGCAGCGCCACACCUCCGCCAAUCUUACGCAACGGGCGAGGAGGAGCCUCAAGCAACUCAGAGGUAGUUUCUGGACAGGCCGGGAACAGCGGUGCAGCCCUGAAGGCGCCAGAAAUGGUACUUGGGGCAAACGAGGAGGUGCAGACGGUGCAGAUACCAGCCAUUACACAGGCACCGGCACAAGAGCCGCAGGUAGUGCAGGACGAUGCAAAUGCUUCAGUCGGUACAACUCCGCGCAAGAAGUGGUUGGGCCUCGGACGUGUGGCAAACCUGCGUGCACGUGUGGGCUAG